UCCUGUUUUUUUUUCUCCCUUCUCGAACCUGUUCCGUUUCUACCCUGUCUGCGUUUCGUUUGCGGGAUGACGCAUUUGCAAAACUGCGCCACCGUGUAUAGGCUACUUUUACGAUCGCUUUGGGAUCGUGAUCGUUCAUCAAAAUGUAAAUAUUUACACGGUAUACGGCACUGUUUGAUACACGGCAUUGAUUGCAAUAUUCUACGGAUUGAAAGUGGCCUAUUUUGGUGGUAAGCUGCUCGUUGGUUGAUAAAUUAGAACUGCUGUUUUAUUAACGGAAGGAAAAUUUAUUUAUUUUACGUUCAAAGCAACAUCACUUGGGGGCAGUUUAAAUGUACAGAUGUUUGGAUAUAUUUUGGCACAACAUCAAGUACGAAGGUUGAUGUUUGCGAUACAAGAAUAUCAUUCACAUUUGUUUGCUGAAUAUUUAUAUAAUUAUGGAGCUUGCCCAGUCGAACAGUUUGACCACUCUCACCUUAAUUGACAAACUUUUGGUGAAAUAAUUCACACAAUUUCAAAUUGUAUUCCUCGCUCCUGUCUUUUACACAUUCAAGCCAAACUUACAAAUCGUAUCAAAUCGUUCUUGACCGUAUGGUCAUGACCCUGGUAUAUUAAGUAAUGUUUUCGUCUAAAAAAAACAACAACGAAAUAGAACCCUCCCACAGAUGCUGGUGGGAAUGAUUUGUUGUUUUACUCGACGUGUGGUAAAUAACUAAACACCAGAGGUCAGUAAACCGUCUACCUCGGGUGAAAGCUGACUUGUGUCUCAAAACAUUUCAAACUGUUCUCUCGGCGCACCAAAACCUUUGUAGCACACCUUUAAGCAUAAACUGUAUGCAAUCACCAUCACCACUGCCACCUGUUGCACUGAUUGCAGUUGCAUUCUCGUGCGCUAGAACGCUGCAGCAUGCGGUUCAGUGUGUGCGUAUCGCUUAUCGAUGCUACCAAAUCCUACCCGAGAAGUGGGGCGAUCAUUCUGUAAAAGGGCUAUCAUCAACGAACACGUGAGCUUGUUCUAUGGUAUGGUUGCACACAGCAUGUGUAUCUGUAUGUGGCAGCGAUCAUCAAUUUCCUUCCGUUUUUUUGUUUGUGAGCGGAUCGGGGGAAAUGGCAGCGGAAAAUAGACGUACGGGUGGUACGGCACUUCAGCUAGCAGCUAGCAUAAGAUGGCAAAACGGACACAUGAUAGUCGGUUCUUUGGGUUAGGUUACACUGGCACGGUUGAAGUUUAGUAUGUUAGUAGUGUGGCUGGGUUUCGGUUUGCUCUCGUGGCGCACGCUCUUCGGCCGUGCGUAUGCGCUCUGUUAUGCCAAAUAAGCGCCCUCCGUCGUGUUGUCUACGGGACAGUACGAUUUAAUAGACGGUGAAAUAGAAACAAUAUAAGUACAGUGAGAAGAAUGCACUUUGAUAGAUUGCCUACCUUUAGGCGUUAAGUAGUUUUCCCUUCGAUGUUCACAUGUUGAUUGCACACCUUCAUACAAGUGUUUAGAAGUAGCAAAAGUUCUCAAAAUUCCCCAUCCCAACAAUACACACCAUCCGCAGCGUGAGUGAGUGUGUGCGAGCAAUAAUCUGGUGAGAAAAUCGUGUACACACACACACACACACACACACAAAGCGACGCGCUCUCACGAUCGAGUCGAACGAUCCCGACCGGUACUCUGUCUGUCGGUGCGAUCUCAUCGCGCACCUUGGCCGCGAAACAAUGCAUUUACAUCCGAGCUGCUCACAAUCGAACCUGUGCCUGAACUCGCCACUGUACCGCAAUUUCAACCAUCCGGUAACGGCGACAUCGACGGCACUCCGGGUUAGUCCACAGCCAGUGCCGAAGGUACGUACGUGCCGUUCACACUCGUCGUCGUCCGCGUACGGUGCAGUUGGUAGUGGUGCUGGUGCAUCCGGCGUUGGAGACUUCUGGACCGGCAGUUCACAUCCGAACAGCUGCACCGUUAACACGGGCCUUCUCAGUGGUCUCGGACCGGCCGCCAGUUGUCACGGGGGCGCUGCGUCAUUCUUAGCCCAGGAAGCGAUCCGACGAUCCAACCUGAGCACAAUGUCACAGACGGGAGAUGAUCUGCACACACCAAACUAUCUAUCCUGGCGCAAGUUACAGCUGAGCCGUGCGAAACUAAAAGCUUCCAGCAAAACGUCCGCCCUGCUGUCCGGAUUUGCGAUGGUCGCUAUGGUAGAGGUACAGCUGGAUGAAAACACCAAAGUGCCAUCGGCAAUGUUAAUAGCAUUUGCCGUAUGUACCACCCUUCUGGUAGCGGUUCACAUGCUAGCGCUUAUGAUCAGCACCUGCAUCUUGCCAAACAUAGAAACAGUUUGCAAUUUGCACAGCAUAUCGCUGGUACACGAAUCACCCCACGAGCGGCUACACUGGUACAUCGAGACGGCGUGGGCAUUUUCUACGCUGCUGGGACUGAUACUGUUUCUGCUAGAGAUUGCCAUCCUGUGCUGGGUGAAGUUUUACGAUCUCAACACGACGGCCGCCUGGUCGGCAUGCAUCGUGCUCAUUCCAGUGUUGGUGAUCUUCGUUGCGUUUGCGCUUCACUUUUAUCGCUCGCUGAUGAUGCAUAAGUACGAGGUUACCGUUUCCGGCAUACGGGAGUUGGAGAUACUGAAGGAACAGAUGGAGCAGGAUCAUUUCGAUCAGCAGCAGCAGCACCAUCACGGGAUACUCCAUCCGUCCGGGCUGCAGAUCGUAUGAUGAACCCAGCGAUCGAUUUCCAUUACUACUUCUUACAAAUUACACCAACUGUGAUUUCAUGCUUCAACAUAAAUCUUUAUUUGUUUCUUUGUUUUUGAACCUCGAUAGGAUUUUAGGGUCAUGUUUAUUUUCCUUGUGUAAUUGUAGACCAAUUGUGUAGACCCAUUCUGUCACACCAUCCACUGUACGAUACCUCCUAGUGAUGAGACGAUGAAACCCUUAGAGUACUGUUGUAAUCGAUUAUGUUAUCUCUAUUUUUCCAUCCCCAAUCCCCCCCUAACCGUAAUGUAUCGCAUAAAAAAAGACAUCGGGUAGGAGAAGAAGCUAUUUGUUACUUACCCCCUAACGACACGUGUAGAAAACUAAUUUAAUUGCUGCGAAAUAUAUGGACGAGUGUAUGUGAAACGUUGCAAUACACAGUGCAAAUAAAUCACAAUUAUAAACAACGAAA